CGUCUGCUGAAGCUCUGUGGGCAGAUGUUCUCAUAAGUAAGGAGUCAUUGUUCUUCCUCCUGGUCACUUUGACAUCACAGCUCUACAGAAACAGGUCCUCCUCCAUCGCCACCAUGACUUGGGGGGUGCUCUACGCUCAGCUGGGCGGCGUCAACAAACACUCCACCAGCCUGGGGAAGAUCUGGCUGUCCGUCCUCUUCAUCUUCCGCAUCACCAUCCUGGUCCUGGCCGCCGAGAGCGUCUGGGGGGACGAGCAGUCGGACUUCACCUGCAACACGCAGCAGCCCGGCUGCAAGAACGUGUGCUACGACCACUUCUUCCCCGUGUCGCACAUCCGCCUGUGGUGCCUGCAGCUGAUCUUCGUGUCCACGCCGGCGCUGCUGGUGGCCAUGCACGUGUCCUACAGGAACCGCGAGGACAAGAAGACCAUGCUGGCCGCCAACGGCGCCGAGAAGACGACGGAGAGCGAGCUGGAGAUGCUGAAGAAGCGGCGCCUGCCCAUCACGGGCUCGCUGUGGUGGACCUACACCUGCAGCCUCUUCUUCCGCCUCAUCUUCGAGGCCGGCUUCAUGUACGCACUCUACUUCAUCUACGGCGGCUUCCAGAUGCCGCGGCUGGUGAAGUGCGAGCAGUGGCCCUGCCCCAACAAGGUGGACUGCUUCAUCUCGCGGCCCACGGAGAAGACUAUCUUCACCAUCUUCAUGGUGUCGUCGUCCACCAUCUGCAUGAUGCUGAACGUGGCCGAGCUGGGCUACCUGGUCGUCAAGGCGAUGCUGCGCUGCUCGGCCCGGGCCGACAAGAGGAAGCGCGCCUACGCCCCGCCGGACGGCGCGCUGCUGGACAACAGCCAGAACGCGAAGAACGAGCUGCUGCUGAGCGUCGAGCCGCACGGCGCCGCCAAGACGUGUUGAGGACAGGCACCGCGGGGGGGAGCAGGGGCGCCAUGCAUCCAUCAUCCAUCCAUCAGACAUGCAUCCAUCAUACAUCCAUCAUCCAUCCAUCAGACAUGCAUCAUACAUGCAUCAUACAUCCAUUCAUCAUCCAUCCAAAUAUGAUUUUUUAAAAUGUCAUUAUUUUAAUAUUAAUAUAAUAUUAUUUAAGAUUUAAGAACUACGGGACACGGAACACAAAAUACGAGACACAAACUACGGGACACGAACUACAGGACACAGGAAAAAACUACGGGACACAAACUACGGGACACGAACUACAGGACACGGGACACAAACUACGGGACACAAACUAUGGGACACGGAACAAAAACUACGGGACACGAACUACAGGACACAGGAAAAAACUACGGGACACCAACUACGGUCUCCUGGUGGAAAGUCCUGUGUAGUUGCUCUUAAUACUUUGUGAUGGGUUCACGUUGUAGUUGAUUGACAGCCGAAAUGCCCUCACCACACGGAGGCGGGGUUUGUAGGCUGCUGCAAAUGAUAUCAUCCACCAAUCAGGUUGUGAAGAACGGCCUUAACAGCUGAUGCACAGUGAGCUUUACUUCCACUCUGCAAACAACCAAAACAAUGAAAUACACAAACGUGUUAUUGGGACAAACCGGCGUUCACCGAGAGGCGACCGACGCUGGAGAAGAUGUCUGCACUGUGGGAAUGAAAUGACCGCCAGAGAGAAGUUCUCUCAAGAACCCGUUUCUUUAAGUGCAGCCACUAUAUGUCUGCGCCUGCGCAUCACCCACGUCACAGGGAGCGUCGCCUCACGACAGGCGGAAGUGGGUUUAGAAGAAUGAGUCGAAACUGACACCUGGUGGUUCCACGUUGAACCUCAGGGAGCACACACGCCUUCCUCAAGGCCUGAAGGAUGUAUCUGGUGAUGAAGAGGAGGAAGAAGGAGCACACAUGAAGGCAGGAAAAUUGAAGCAGUAAAUGUUAAUAAAAAGAAAAUUGUAUUUCUGAAUAUUGUGUCUAGUUUACAAGAAGUGAUAAAUAUUGAGAUUUUAUGAUCCUGCUGUAUUGAAUCAAGUGAUCGUAGCGAGAAGUUUGGAAAAUACAUCGUUGAAUAUGUUUUCUAUGAAUUAUGCUUUUACUUUGGUGGGUUUAUAAUGACAAAGAAGUGUGUUGCACAACAUGAGCUUAUGCUGAUAAAGACUUUAAUAUGAGGCGACGACAUCACACGCUUCUGUAUGUGAGUCACAUGACAAUGUUUUGCAUAUGUUCACAGCUGCAUGUCAGUUGAUAAAGAAUAUGGACAAAUAUGAA